AUGAACAGUUCUGCCGAAGUGCAACUUCACCAAAGGAAGACAGGCUUGAAGGUGCCUUUCACAGGAAAAUCUGUACAGUCUAGGGCUGAAGGCAACACUUCCGCGGUGUCUGAGUUCAUCCUGGUGGGACUGACAGAUGACCCAGACCUUCAAGUCAUCCUGUUUGCUGUAUUUCUCGUAAUCUACUUAGUUAGUGUCUUUGGAAAUCUAGGACUGAUUGCAUUAAUCCAAGUCAGUCCUCAGCUUCACACCCCCAUGUACUUUUUCCUCAGCCACUUGGCUUUCGUUGAUUUCUGUUAUACAUCCUCAGUUACCCCAAACACAUUUGUAAAUUUUCUUCGAGAAGUCAGAAGUAUAACCUUCUAUGCAUGUGCCACCCAGGUGUGCUGUUUCAUCACGUUUGUUGUUUGUGAGAUGUACUUGCUGUCAAUCAUGGCCUAUGAUCGGUACGUGGCCAUCUGGAAUCCUCUCCUCUAUGCAGUCUUCAUGGCGAGGAAGCUCUGUCUCCAGAUGAUCACCAGCAUCUACACUGUCAUCAUGUCACAAAGGCUAUGUUGGGUACUAGUGGCCGUUCCUUAUCUCUAUUUUUCAUUUGUUUCUCUUCUAGUCACAAUUAAGAUUUUCACUUUGUCUUUCUGUGGCUCCAAUGUCAUCAGUCAUUUCUACUGUGACAGUCUUCCUUUUUUACCUCUGCUGUGCUCAGAUACACACGAAGUUGAACUGAUCAUUCUAAUUUUAGCAGCCUUUGAUUUGAUUUCUUCUCUUCUGGUUGUCCUUGUGUCCUACCUGCUAAUCCUCAUAACUAUUCUGAGAAUGAACUUUGCCGAGGGCAGGCAGAAGGCUUUCUCCACCUGUGGGUCACACCUGACAGUGGUCAUCGUCUUCUAUGGAACUUUGAUAUUUAUGUAUGUGCAGCCCAAUUCUAGCCACUCCUUUGACACAGAUAAAGUGGCUUCCAUAUUUUAUACCAUGGUCAUUCCCAUCCUGAAUCCCUUGAUCUAUAGCUUGAGGAACAAAGAUGUAAAAUAUGCCUUGCAAAGGUCAUUGAAUAAUUUGUGUAAAUUAUUUUCUUUUGGUUUUCAUAAAAUAUAA